AUGUCAGGACCCUGCUGGUGGAGCCGUACGGGAGGUCAAAGAGAAGGCGAAUCUGCCUACGCAUGCAGUGGGGAUGCUCCUACUAGUGAGCUUACCUUUUGGGAGAGAAGCUCCGGCAGUAAGAUUAUAACAGCAUUCAAAGUGAAGUGGUCCGAUGGGAGGGAGUCGGCAACGUACGGAUAUACACCCGGUGCCACCAUCAAGGUUGUUCGAUUGGUGUACGGUGAGUUUUUCAAGUCAUUGACACAGUAUUGGACCAUGGAAGGAAAGAAUCGGUCCUUUAGUGGCUGGAAGGGGACCACCAACUUAGGCAGGGUGGUCAAUGUCGGGUACACGUGGGGAGACGCUCGUGCCAAUGAAAUUACGACUCUCUAUAGCGGGUUAUGCGUGGGUUUCGGGGCCAGUCUUGAUAAAAAGCAAGCUCUGCUUAACGUGGGUGGUGUCUUCUUCUUACGCAACAUCCAGCUCGCAGCCAUCAAGAUGAACUAUCUUACUCUACCCACCGUGGAGAUUCAACCUGUUUUAGUCGACAACACCACGGACGAGAAUGACCGUGAAGCCCCGCUGGAGGUUCCGUGGAGUAAAACAGUUGAACUAACCAACAAGGUUACUACGUCCAAAACUUUCGUCGAGGAAUUAGGCGUCCCCACUGUUGUGUUGAGUAAGGGGUUUGGUAUCAACCCAAAAGACACCACCAACUGCAUGGACACCGAGGAUAUCAGCAACUCUACCUCUUACUUGACGACAACAAGUACCGAAUUGUCCAGGCCCUACGAAGUUCCAGCCGGUCGAACGUAUCAGAGGACCGUGGUGUACUCCAGAGGCACUUUCAGAGUCCAAUUCCGUCCCCAAUACACCUUCACUCUACGUUCAGGAGCCACAGUGAAUUGGCCUGAAGGCCCGGUCCAGGACGCCUUCGGUGUCGUCUCCGGAAACUUGCAUGAUAUCCUAUCUGUAGCAGUAGACUCCCCAUGUGAGACUCCGCAUCUGCACCUCCAACUGUAUAUGCAUAGUUAUAAUCCCGAUACCGCAGAUUUAAGGGUCUAUUGUGUUAGAUCUGCUGUAUAUCUCAAUCGUUAG